AUGGAGGCAACACGCUCCUCCCCUCGAACACUGUCCAAACAUAAAGGUGUUGGACAGUUGCCUACUGAAAGGUUGCCUGAUUACAUUGAUCUUUCGCAUAAAGCAACUUGGGACAGUCGCACAGGCAGGCGUCAUGACAUGAAACAGUUCAAGAACAAGUACCUUGCUUUGAAGAAGGAGUGGCAGGCAUGGAAUAAAUUGAUGGACACCAGUAAGGGUGUAAUUGGGAUUGGGUUCGACAGGUCAAUCGGGUUGUUCACCGCGUCAGACGAAUGGUGGGAACAUUUGAAAUCGACAAACAAGCUAGCUUACAAAUUCAAGACAAAGCCAUUGGAACAUGAAGAUUUGAUGCGGGAAGUUUUCACAGGUGUAACUGCGACUGGGAAACAUCAUUGGACCCCUGGCGAGCCUGUUGUGGACAUUGCUGACGGUGAAUCCGAUUCUGCUGACUCACCUGGGUUGCAGCCAUUUACUGCGCCAUAUGAACCGGUUGUGGAGUCACCACCACCCUCCUCCAUUGUCCACGUAGAUGAAGCGGAGCAAGGGUCAAAGCACAAGAAGGGGGCGAGUUCAAGUGGAAAGUCGAAGAAGCCGUCCACUGGCGCAUCAGUGCUUGUAAACAGUUUCAACCAUCUCUCCGAGGCUGUUCGUUCAUAG